AUGAACGAUAACAGAAAAGACAGUAUUGUUAAUUUUCAGUUUUCACCAAAUAUGUACAGAAUACAGUAUAUUAUCCUCGUGAUACUGUUAUCAGCUACAUUAGCAUCUGGCCAGCCUGGAAAAUGUGAUCAAACGCCGCCCCAAGCCACUAUUUUGACGCCUAGCGAAAAUAAAGGCCUUUUCAAAAUGACCAUUGACUCAAAGGGCGACGAUUCCAAUAUCUAUAGACCCGAUCAGACGUAUAUACUUAUUCUAACAACGAGCAAUGCAACCCGUCCAUUCCGAUGGUUCAUGAUAACUGUGGAAGAUCCAAACAUUGACGAAGGUGCUUUUGAAUUCGACCUGAGAUCAGAAGACGUGGGCAGCUUGAAGACGACCAACAGACAAUCGAGAUACAGUGAACGUUGUUACAACUCUGUCGAGAACACUGACAACUCGGAUAAAUAUCGAGUUGAGAUACAUUGGGUCUCUCCAAAACAAUAUGAAGGCAAGGAAAAAGUACGUCUUAGGGCUAUGAUAGCUGAGAAUGGGGAGUCUUGGUAUGUUGGAGAAAAUCUAACGAUUGAAUUGAAGAAGGAUGAUCAGAGGGCUUUGGACAGUCCUCCGUUCGAUCCUGUGGAUCCGUGUAAUUUAUGCAGCGAAGCCAGAUAUGAGGUGAUAUUUAAGGGUCGUUGGUCUAGAAUGUCUCAUCCUCUUCAUUACCCAAGUAGACCUGACGACAACAGUUAUAGUCACAUGGUUGGAGCUUCCCACGCAUAUAAAUACCUUCUGUGGAAGCCUGGAGACAAAGCGAGUCUCGGCUUAAAGAGAUUGGCCGAGGACGCAAACGUUACGGAAAUCGAAAGGGAAAUAAUAAAGGCGAUGUCUAAAGAAAAUGGUACCAGGACUUUGAUCAGAGGAAAACGUCGCCGUCACCCGCACAUGUUUGAACCAGCACAUUCUUUAUUCAGAGUGGAUCGUAUUCACCAUUUGUUCUCAUUAGUGGUCGCUAUGAAGCCGUCUCCUGAUUGGUUUUUGGGAGUGUACAAUUUCGAACUAUGUACGAAAGAAGGUUGGUUAGAGGAAUACGAGAUACCAUUAUAUCCGUGGGAUGCUGGCACUAUGGACGGAGUUUCAUACGAGUCUCCUAGAUCAGUGACGCAGCCAGUCGAUAAUGUAGAGAGAGUGGCGGUCGGGUCAUUUGAUGCGGAGUCCCCGUUUUAUCAGUUGAACUUAAACGAUUUGAAGGCUUUCGCUAAGCUUCAAGUUAGGAGACUUGAUGUCUACCCUCUUGUCGGAAUUGACUGUGAAGGUACAAACGAGGAGGGUCCCCAGGAAGAAGGGGAAAAACAAAAUGCGGAGAACAUCGCGGAACCACUUCUACUCGAAUCAAGACAAUACCUAGACCAAAAACAAUGCGCUCUGGGCAAGUGGAACGAAUGGUCUCCUUGUGUACCAGACUCCGGGAAUUGUGGCCCCGGGACACAGCUAAGGACGAGAAAUAAACAGCGGCAUUACAACAGUGAACAUUUAUCUCAAGCCUCGGCAGGAAGUUGUCAACAAGAUCAAGAUGGCGCCUUAAUUCAAUCUCAAUAUUGUUUCGUCGAUUGUACUUAA